CGCUUAUCUGCUCUUCCUUUGUGUUUGAACCUUUAUUACUCUGUUAUAGGGGACCGGGAACGUCGGAGAGGACCGUUUCUGCCUGCCGCCUUCACCGUUCACUCAUGUCUGUGGGACAAGAAGCCGACUUCUCCGGUGAUGAGGUCUUCAUCAGCCGGUUCCCCAUCCAUCGCGCGUGCCGGGAUGGAGACGUCGGCGCUUUGGUCUCACUGUCACAGCAGCUCGCGAACCAGGCUCAUUUGACUGCUGAGGACUCCUGUUACGGAUGGACCCCCAUACACUGGGCAGCUCACUAUGGACAGUUGGAGUGUGUGGUGCGCCUGGUGCAGAUGGGCUGCCAGGUGAAUGCGGCAACCAGCCGCUUCAACCAGACACCGGCGCACACAGCGGCGUUUGGAGGACAUCCACACUGUGUGGUGUGGCUGACUCAGGCUGGAGCCGACAUCGACAGGCAGGACUUUGUAGGUGAGGCUCCCAUCCACAAGGCGGCUCGCUCAGGUAGCUUGGAGUGUAUCCAGGUCCUGAUGAUAGCAGGUGCUAAACCACAUUUAAGGAAUGCCAGUGGGCAGACGGCAGCCGACCUGGCCCACGCUCACGGCUUCCUCGACUGCUUUCGCUUCAUCGCCAACGCGCAGAAGCACCUGCUGCAGCUCGGUGGGCUCCAUGCGAAUGGAGGGCAGAAUGGGAAUCCCCCCUGUGCUCAGGGCCUGCUCAACAGGAAGAGGCUCCUGACCACUGUGGACUCUGGACACACGAAGAAAGCCAGGAGAGCUGACAAUGUGCUGGAGCAGCUGCGCAGCAGCGGGGGUGAGGAGGUGGAGAGCAUGAACGUGGAGUCUCCACAGGAGCUCAGCUCAGAUGAUGACACCAAAGCCAUCAGCAACGGCCAUCAUCAUCAUGCACUGCCUUACGCUGCCAAUAUGGAUGACCCCGAGCCACCCAAAAGCCUCGCCUCAGCAUCUUCGCCAGAAGGAACGCCCACUCGGCCCCCCUCGGCCGACAUGUGCGGCUCCCUGCAUCUGACGGGGAGUCCCAGCAGCUGCGUGUCCCAGCGGCCGGCCUGGUGGGGGCCGGCGGCACUGGACUGCGGGGACUUCCAGCAUUACGGACACUACCACGGCUUCGGAGACACGGCGGAGGAGCUGAGCGACAGUAGCCGGCCGGAGCACGCCAGCGGCGUCCAGGCUGAGCACAGACACAAGCAGGCCGUGCCCAGCGCCAUCCACCUCUACCACAGAUCAUAAACACUGAGGGUCAGCCUCCUGGAGACAGGGAAGGAUUACUCUACAUUUAUCAUUAGCUGCCAAACCCAGAGUCUCAUGGUCUCCAUCCGUCAUCAGCUGGAGGUGUGGAUUGUCAAGGCACCUGUGCGACCAUCCUUCUCAUCUCCAAAGAAACACACAUGAUUUCCUGCAGUGUAUUCUUAGUUUUUAGUGAUCACUCUAUUCGUAUACUGCUACUGCAGACUGGUUUGCACUAUUAAGGGCUGGAUUACGUGGUGUUUUGUGUGUGUAUGUGUGUGUGUGUUUGUGUGUCGGUGAAGGGCUGUCCUCUCUGAAUGUGGCCUGAUUCUGCUGUCCAUCAGCAGGGACGAACAACUGCACUGAAACUGAAAUCCCCCCCCCCCCCCCUGCCAGCCUCGAUCUUACCAAAGGGAACACAUUAUGGGCUUGUGUGUGUGUGUGUGUAUUGUUUUGCCGCUUUUAAUUUGAAAUCCUGUGUUAUUUAUGAUUUAGAGCAGAGGAAUGUCUUUUACUCAGAGCUGUACUGUCAUUUUAUAAAACUUUUUUUUUUUUUUGUUUGUAAUCUAAUUAUUGUCAUGUAGACAGCGUGCUGAAGACAUGCUGCCUGGGAAUGUGCAGCACCAUGUGCCAAAAAAAAAAAACUGACCUUCCUGUUUCUGGGCUGUUUUAUACUUUUGCCUCUUUCCCUA